AGUUACAACCUGGCAUUUCCGAUUAUGAACUUAUGGUCUUAAACCUGUUACCUCUAGUUUGUUUAUAUCGUUAUCAUGAUCUGUAGAGACGAGUUUGAAUUAAAAAACGUGGAGUAAUAGCACAAAUCAAAUGAAAAAAAAAAAUAUCCAUGUGCAAUUUUCAGAAAAAGGACCGGAAUAAUGUAGUCAUGAGGUGUAUGAGAAUAUGAAUAUUUACCCAACUGUUUAUUUCUUACGGUUCUGUUGCCUUCAUACUUUGAACCAGAAUUAAACGACAAAUAUGCAAAAGCAGAGCGAGGAUGAAGUAGCUGUAAAUUCAAUCAACUUGGCCCAGUACUAUGAGGAUAAGGAUAUACCUGGCAGGUCCUUCGCUCACUUCUUAGUCGCACUGAAGCUCAAACCUGAAUGGAAGCAACAAUUCAAAACAGACUUUUUAGCAGUUUUGUAUAAAUUUGGGUUGUAUCUUCAAUCUGAAGAGAGAUUUGAAGAUUUGUUUGCCUGCUAUGAAGAAGCAAUUGAAACUUAUCCAGGCGAGAAAGAGAUAUUGACAAAUCUUGGUGGUCAUCUCAUAAGGAUAGGAUUUGUCAAAGAAGCAAGGAAGUAUUUUAAAAGUGCAUUAGAGAGGGACGAAAAUUACCUCCCUGCGUUUCACAAUUUUCAAAGUGCCACAAAUCUCCUGGUUGAAAAAUGGCACUUCAAGAUGCUGAAUGAUUCUUUUAGGAACAAAGCGCUGAAGGAAUCCAUAUCAAAAAUGAUUAAAAACGGAUCAAAGAAUGUCAUUGAUAUUGGCACUGGUACUGGACUUUUGAGUUUAUAUGCUAUCAAAGAAGGUGCUGAAAACGUUUUCGCUUGUGAAUACUCUGAAGCAAUGUACGACAUAGCUGGUGAUGUUUUUAGCAAAAAUAAUGUUAAAAAUAAAGUGAAGCUUUUAAAAAACAUAUCAAACAAUUUAAUGAUACCUAAUGACAUUCCAUUCAGAUGUUCAUUAGUUGUUAGUGAAAUAGUUGAUGCAGGCCUUUUUGGAGAAGGGAUAUUGCAGACAUUAAUCCAUGCUUGGAAUAAUCUCAUUGUGAGACCCGAGGAAGAUGGACGUUCAGGAAAUGUUAUACCACUUCGGGCGACAUUGUUUGCAGCGCCAAUCCAAUGUUUGUCAGUCGCUAGAAAGUACAUGAAUUUACCAAAAAUAAGAAAAAAGCCUUGUCAAGAUUUGAGUCCUCUUUCUUUAUCACAUCUGAACAACGAUCCAUACGAUUUGGAGUACCUUAAAUAUUUGGAUUAUGAACUCUUGAGUGAUCCUAUUGAAUUGUUUAACGUUGAUUUCACCAGCGUUAAAAACAUGGAAGACCAUCUUAACGGUGCUAAUAAUUUAAAUGUAACAUUUAAUUGCAAACAAGGAUUUCUGGAUGGGUUUGCCGCCUGGUUUGAUUUAUAUCUAGACGAAGAAAAUAAAAUUUCAUCCUCUCCUUUAUCUCAAGAUUAUACAUGUUGGGGGCAGGCAAUUUUCCCUUGUUAUACUUCAUACUAUCUCAAGACUGAUGAUCAAGUUUCAACAUACGCUUCUUGCACAAAUGGCAAACUAGUAAUAAGACAUAACAAAAUAAACGAGAUUGAUGUUGAUACAAAAAAGUUAAUAAAUAUCGAACAGUCAGCUAUUAGAUAUAUCAAUUCAUCAUCCUUAUUGAACUUCAUGUAUGAUGCAAUAGCUGAUAUUAAACAUAAAAAUGAUUUGUUAAUCGUUGAUUUAUCGCCGUUUCCUUAUGGUGGGAUUCAAUUUUUGAAUUAUAAUUCGAAAGUGAUUUGUAUUAAUAAAUCAGGAGAAUCUUUGAAAAAGUGCACCAAAACAUUAUUGAAUUCAAACUCGUUGAUUGUUAAAACAUGGGAAGAGUAUAUAUUGCACGAUUUCGAAAAAAUGUUAUUCGAUGUCAUUGUUGUGGACCUACUUCACACAAUCGGGGAAUUGUCUGAAAACAACUUUUCCCAAUUUAUUCAAUUGAGAACUAAGUUGAAACCAAAUGGAAUAAUAAUACCAUCCUGUUUGAACUUUUGGUGUCAACUAAUUUACUCGGAACAAUUGGCAUAUGAGCACAAGGUCUAUGAUGCUAAUUUAGACAUUGGUGAUUUUAAAAUUGCUGAUGUUAUUAAUGAAUAUAAGACAAGUACCCACAUUGAGAUAGAUGCAUCGGCGUUAAAAUUCACAAAACUUUCUGAUAAGAUUCCCAUUGGUAGCUUAAACCUAAAAACUUGCAACUGCCAAGAUGUUGACAUUUUCCAGGGUAAAAUCCACAUCAGUCAAACGGGAAAAGUAAAUGCAAUAUUACAUGGAUAUAGUUACCAAUAUGGAGAUCACCUGUACGAUUCUUCUUCACAUGAUUCGCAUGUGUACCAAGCGGCGGAAAUGUUAAUACAUGACAUAACAGUUAAUGAAAAUGAUAGUAUUGUUAUUUCUUGCCUUCACAGCAAUGGAAUAACAAAAUAUUCCAUUGUAAAUGAUCAUUAAAAUAUUUUUUAUGUA